AGCGCCUCCCCGUUUGUCUAUGACUUGCGCGGAACAAUUAAGUUCUAAUUUGCCUGAAUGGGCCGGGGAAUUACACAGUAGUUAACUUGAGUAAAUAGCCUGGCGGAGGAAUAUUUAAAGUCGAGUGGACAACGUGGGUUGGGUGCAGUCCUCGACAAGUCGUGGAGGAGGGAAGAGAGAUUGGAAAGUUCCCGAGUCGUGGUCUGCGGAGGUUGAAGAGAGCUUGUCGUGUGCGUCAACCCUUGGGCCAGCUUGUGGUUUAAUUUUGCCACGUUUACACAGCGCCCACUUGUUGCACACAGCUUGCGCAGCAAGACGCAAGUGUCAUCCGACUGUUCUUUAUCAUCAGACUAACGCUGGACGGACAGUCUUCUGCACUCUGUUUGGCUGCAGAUAUCCAGGCUUCAGUCACAAGCUGUUCCACUGACUCUCCUUCCCGGCUGUUUUGCUGGCAAACUUUCGAGCACAAGUGUUGUUUUUAAGGCAAAAAUCCUUCAUUUCUCUCUCACAAUGGAAGUUGUGCAAUAUAACGAGGAUCAAUAUAGCUUCAGCGGUGCAACUGAUACCACUGAUCAGAACGGUGCGUCAGCUUCGUAUCAAAAUAUGGCGCCAAUGCCGGACUUUUACAGCGACUUCGACAACAGCUCCUACAAUUUCGCCAGUCUUGCCUUCGACUUGGCCGACCUUGGGGACUUGGCGGCCAGCGUCGACGUUCCUCUCUACGGCGGCGGCUUCCCGUCAGGUGACGCCGGGUACGUCCCAGGCGACGUCAACACGUACAGCCCCUCGUCCUCCAGCGGUGGAAACUACAGCCCUAACACGUACAGUCCGUCCAACUACACACCUAACAACUACACACAAGGCUCUUACGACUCAUCAAGUGGAGGCCACGAUCCUAGCCUCAACACCACGGUGACGGGGACCUGGUCGUGCUGGACACAACAAGUGCCGCAGCAAACCGGCUACUUCGACGGGACGCAGGCCGCACAGGGUCUGUACAACUUCGGCGGACAGCCUCCAGUACAUGUAGGGUACGGACAGUCUCAACAGGGAACCCUUCAACAACAACAACAGCCCGGGCAGACCAAACCGAAGACCAGGCGGCGCAUCCCGACCCUGGCCCAGCGGAAAGCCGCUAACAUCCGCGAGAGGCGGCGGAUGUUCAACCUGAACGACGCCUUCGACAAGCUCAGAAAGAGGGUUCCCACGUUUUCCUACGAGAAGCGGCUGUCCCGUAUUGAGACCCUGAGACUGGCCAUCAUCUACAUCCACUUCAUGAAGGACGUUCUGGCCGGAAAGACUGUCAGUGAGGCUGAGAUCCGCAGUGUCCGGAGAGACCUGAGCACGGCCAUGGAGGCAGCCAUGGGGGAGGAGAACGACUCCCCGUCCGACGAGUUGUCGGAGACAUCGGAGGGGCCCGGGUCCGUGUGAAGGCAGGAGACACGCCACCUGUAGGGCUCACGUCGGUGUAAAUACACCAUCUAAAGGCGCGGUCACAUAGGUCGUGCGAUCAUCGUACGAUCGUGCGUUCGGGCAUUUUGUAGGACAAAAGUGUAAGUCUCCUGCAAAUUUCAACUGCAUUUAUACACAAAAUGCUGUUUUGGAUCCAUGUCUGUGGUUGGUUGUGUCACGGCCUGCUUGAAAAUCCUAUGGCAUCAAAAUCGUACGACGAUCGCACGACCGAUGUGACCGCGUCCUAACCGGCCAGUAUGUACUUCCCCACAUUGCCGUACUUGUCAGAGACAAUCUAUAUGGUAUAUCAGUAUGUACAUGUAUUUAUUGCGCAUUGUAUAGUUGGAAUCGUUGUGCGAUAGUUACGGUAGAAGUACAAGGAUUUUUGGGCUGACGAUAAAAUCAAUCAAACAUAUCGUCCUGUAGUUUCAUGUACGUAAAAUGCUAACCGAAGAGUAAACGUAUGUGUAUAUAUUUGUCAGUAACACUCUAUGUAUGUCUUUAUUAUAAAAGACCUGAUAUAGUUUGUAUAAGAAAUUGUGAAUUGUUGCGGAGUGUUUGUAUAUAUUUUUCUCGUUAAGAAAGAAGUGGGUCUUUUGAUGUACAUGAAGUUGUAGAAAUGCUACAACUUGAUAUCCUGUUAUGUGCUGGUAUUUCUGGAGUGUCGCAUUAUUUAAAUGAAUAUUUACUUCUCAGUAAAUCUUAUCAGCACGACUCUUGUGACGUCAUAAUUAUUGUCAUUCAAUCUGAAGUGAGGUUUAACUGGCGCUUUUGUUUCUGUAUUUGUCAGUGAAUACGGCUAAGCCGGAAAAAACAACUCUUCAUCGGUAACAAUCGUGAUGAACUUGUUCCUUUCUUUCGAAUGGAAAUAAAAAUUCCGUGGGAACUCCA